AUGGCGGCAGCUGCUGUGAGAAAUGCCAAGCAGAGCUUGCGGGCCGAGUUGAAGCAGCGGUUACGGGCCAUAAGCGCCGAGGAGCGGCUACGCCAGUCCGGCGUGCUAACACAGAAGGUGAUCGCUCACAGUCAGUAUCAGAAAUCCAGACGAGUUGCCGUCUUUCUGAGCAUGCAAGAUGAAAUUGAGACCGAGGAGAUCAUCAAGGACAUUUUUCGGCAAGGCAAAACCUGCUUCAUUCCACGGUACCAGUUCCAGAGCAGUCACAUGGAUAUGGUGAAGUUAGCAUCACCUGAGGAAAUCUCUUUGCUUCCCAAAACAUCCUGGAAUAUUCACCAGCCCGCUGCAGGGGAGUUGCGGGAGGAGGCUCUGUCAACUGGGGGACUUGAUCUCAUCUUCAUGCCAGGUCUUGGAUUUGACAAACAUGGCAACCGCUUGGGACGGGGAAAGGGCUACUAUGACAACUACCUGAAGCGCUGUCUGCAGCAGCAGGAAGUUAAGCCCUAUACCCUGGCCUUGGCCUUCAAAGAACAGAUCUGCCCCCAGGUCCCAGUGGAUGAAAAUGACAUGAAAGUAGAUGAAGUUCUUUACGAAGAGUCAUCAGCAUCUUAA